AUGGGACAAACUCAGCAUAUGGAGAAAACCGAACAUGCAGAGAUUGAUGUCAUUACACUUCAGGACAUGUAUAAAAAGUUUGUGACUGAGUGCCCGAGCGGCCUAUUGUUUUUGCAUGAAUUUAAGAAGUUUUUCGGAGUGGGACCCUCUGGGGAAGCAUCAGAGUACGCAGAGAAUAUGUUUCGUGCCUUUGACAAGAAUGGGGACAACACUAUUGACUUCUUGGAGUUUGUGGCUGCUCUGAAUUUGGUGUUCAGGGGAGAUUUAGAGCACCAGCUGAGAUGGUCAUUCAAAGUCUACGACAAGGAUGGCAACGGCUUCAUAGACAGAGCUGAACUCAGGGCGAUUGUUGAAAUUAUAUAUUGUGUCAGGAGGAUAGGCAGGAAAGAUUCAGAGGUAUCCCUUGAUGAAAUCUGUGAAAGAAUCUUCAAAGUGGUAGAUAUGGAUGGAGAUGGUCAGAUUACACUGCAGGAGUUUUUAUCAGGUGCUCAGAAAGAUCCAUGGAUUCUUAACAUGUUGCGUUUAGACAUGAAUCCGUAUAUUUGGGUGGCAGAACAGAGGAGGAAAAGUGCUCAUUUCUGA